CCUGAGCACAGUUUCAGUUUUGGCAGCAGAAUCCAGUGCCCUGCUGGCAGCUCCUAGAGAGGCAGGAAUUACGGACUGGCCGGAAGGCUGCACCCUGGUCCUGGAGCAGUGGGAGAAAGGAAGUAGCUAAAACAUCUCAACCGAGGAGUCGGCCUGGCCAGCACAGGCCCAGGGAGCCACCACCAAUGAUGCUCUCCUUGCUCGUGUCCCUGCUGGCCGUCUUCCCAGUGGUCUCCACGAAAAGCCCCGUAUUUGGCCCCGAGGAAGUGAACGCUGUGGAAGGUAGCUCAGUGUCCAUUAAGUGCUACUACCCAGCCACCUCAGUCAACAGGCACACUCGGAAGUACUGGUGCCGGCAGGGAGCCAGCGGCAGCUGCAUAACCCUCAUCUCCUCGGGAGGCUACAUCUCCAAGGACUAUGUGGGCAGAUCCAACCUCACCAACUUCCCAGAAAUCGGCGCCUUCGAGGUGAACAUCAGCCCCGUCAGCCGGGAAGACUCUGGGCACUACAAGUGUGGCCUGGGCAUCAACACCCGAGGCCUCAACUUCGACGUGGGCCUGGAGGUCGUCAAGGAUCCCCGGCUCCUGAAUAACACUGAGGUCUACACCAUGGACUUGGGCAGGACAGUGACCAUCACAUGCCCUUUCAGAAGUGAGAAUGGUGGGAAAAAGAAGUCCUUGUGCAAGAAGACAGGCCAGUCCUGCGAGUUAGUCAUCGACUCAGAUAAGAAUGAGAACCCCAGCUUUGCUGGCAGAGUGCGCUUAGUUAUUCAGGGCACCGACCAAGAAGUGUUCAGCGUCGUCAUCAACCAGCUGAGAAACAGAGACGCGGGGAUGUACGUCUGCCAAGCUGGGGAAGAUCCCAGCGGGGACACGAAGAAUAUCCAUCUGCAGGUGCUAGAGCCUGAGCCUGAGCUGGUGUACGGACAACUGAGAGGCUCGGUGACCUUGGACUGCGCCCUGGGCCCUGAGAUGGCGAAUGUACAAAAAUUCCUGUGCCGGGUGAACAAGGAUAAAUCCUGCGAUGUGAUCAUCAACACCUUGGGGAAGAGGGACCCGGCCUUUGAGGGCAGGAUCCUGCUCACCCCCAGGGACCCCAGUGACGGCCACUUCAGUGUGCUGAUCACAGGCCUGCAGACGGGGGAUGAGGGGGAGUACCUGUGUGGUGCCCACCCGGACGGAGUGCCGCAGGAAGGCUGGCCCCUCCAGGCCUGGCAGCUCUUCGUCAAUCAGGAGACCCCAAUCCCCCAGACCCCCAGCUUGGUGAAGGGCGUGACAGGCGGCUCUGUGGCUGUGCUCUGCCCCUACGACCCCAAGGAGAGCCAGAGCUUCAAGUACUGGUGUCUCUGGAAAGGGGAGAAGAAUGGCCGCUGCCCACUGCUGGUGGAGAGCCAGGGGCUGGUCCAGGAGGAGUUCGAGGGCAGGCUGGCUCUCUACGAGGAGCCAGGCAAUGGCUUCUACACGGUCAUCCUCAACCAGCUCACCACCCAGGACGCUGGCUUCUACUGGUGCCUCACCAAUGGUGACACCCGCUGGAGGACCAUGGUGGAGCUCAAGGUUGUAGACGGAGAACCAAGCCUCAAGGUACCAAAGAACACAACUGUUGUGUUGGGACAGACCCUCAAGCUCGACUGCCACUACCCGUGCAAAUUCUAUGCCUACAAAAAAUACUGGUGUAAGUGGAGCAACCAGGGUUGCCGGGCCCUGCCCAGCCAAGAUGAAGGUCCCAGCCAGGCCAUCGUGGGCUGCGACCAGAACAAUCAGAAAGUCUCCCUGACCCUUCAGUCAGUCACCAAGGCGGAUGAGGGCUGGUACUGGUGUGGUGUGAAGCAGAACCAAACCUUCGGAGAGACCGUGGCUGUCUAUGUGGCAGUGGAGGAGGCAGCAAGGGGGUCUGGAGUCCCCAAUCCAGUCAACCCAGUGAUUGCAAACAGUGCUCCUGAGGAGGAGGUGGUAAAGCCCCGUGGCAGGGAGGUUGAGAACGAGGUCAUUGAGAACAAAGCCGUUCCGAACCCCAGGCUUUUUGCAGAGGAAAGAGUGGUGGAGGAUUCAGGAAACCAAGCCAGUGGGAGCAGAGCAUCCGUAGAUGACAGCAGCUCUCAGGGACAAAGCAGGAGCUCCAAAGUUCUGCUCUCCACCCUGGUACCCCUGGGCCUGGUGCUGGCGCUAGGGACCGUGGCUGUAUGGGUGGCCAGAGCCCGGCACCGGAAGAAUGUGGACCGCAUAUCGAUUAGAAGCUACCGGACAGACAUCAGCAUGUCGGACUUCGAGAGCUCCAGAGAUUUUGGUGCCAAUGACAACAUGGGAGCCUCCUCAGUCACUCAGGAGACAGUGCUCGAAGGGAAAGUCGAGGCCAUGGCCAACGCCGAGAGCACCACGGACACUGAAGAGCCCAAGAGGGCAAAAAGGUCAUCCAAGGAGGAAGCUGACAUGGCCUACUCGGCCUUCCUGCUCCAGUCCAGCAGCAUUGCUGCCCAGGCCCAGGACGGCCCCAAGGACACCUAAGCAGCGCCGGCCGCCUGUUGCUUGCCCGUGACAAUCACCUUCAGAAUCAUGUUGAUCUUUGGGGCCCGGCUCCGGGGGCCUCCACUGCCUGCCUUCGCCCCCCUGGGCUUUCCCUCAUCCUCAGAGGUGCACUACUCCACCUUCGCCACCCUUGGUGACACUGAAGCCUGACCUAAUCGCUCCUUAGGGCUAGGCAGCGAUUAGGGGAGAGGCUCCCACCUGCAACUCCUUUCUGUUGAGAGGACUUGGGGUGCUGGGGAGGGAUUCGGGGAGGGACAACUGGGGCUCCUCUCAGGAGAGAGCCACUUGGAGCCCCCUGUGCCCCAAAGGGGAGAUUUGCCCCUCCACUCCGCUCUGCCUCCCUCCCUUCCUCUCUUCUCCUUUCCUUCAUCCCAAAGACAUGCGUGAAUCCAGGUGCCCUGCUAGACACCGGGACAGGUGUGCCUCAAAGCCAGAUCAUGGCGAAAAGGCUACGCAUGGCCCUGGACAAGGCCUGAGUCCUCUCUGUGUCACAAGACCUCUCACCUCUGCCCUUGCUGGGUGACAUCAUAAAGUGCCAGGGUCCUGGGGCACCCACACAGUCUUCACAGAUACCCAUUCUUACACCACUGGACAAAACAGGGAGGACCUGAGAGGGACCCUCGAGGGAACCCCGUGACAUAAACCAGUGCCAAAGCAGAUUUGGCGUCUCCUGUCUUCUUGACCAGCGAUCUCUCUUCAAGACCCCUGUCCCCUGUUGGAGGCAGUUGUAGAAUAAGCAGGAAGGAAAGAAAAACAUACAUGGAGACAGAGCUUUCCCAGGCCCUAACCCAGGGAGGACAACCCUUUCCCUUCCUGUCACUCACGUGGGUCUAGGAUGGAGGAACGAUCAACUGCAACUUGAAGAGUUCCAAGUGAAGAGGAGGAAGAGCUGGUUGACCGAUCCUGGGAGGAGCUGAUCUCCCAAGAGCUAAAGAUGAAGGUCUUUUUCCCUCUCAGCUCGCUCCGUACUUCACCCAGCAUCUACAAGCUGGCACUUGCUAACAAAUCAGAAAUGUUACUUCAUAAUUAAAGACCAUGAUUGCCACCAAGGAG